AUUUGAAAGCAUUCAUCAUUCUGAAUAAUGGCUAGCGCGGGGAUCAAAGGAAUCCCAACGGCUGCUAGCAUUUUCAAAUUAGAUUAAAGUAAAAUAUCUGACAUUUAAAAAGUUUGAGUAUAUGUAGUGACCAUUAUUCUAAUUAAUUUGUUGAAAUGCCUGAUGAAGAUUCUUUGUCUGUCAACAGCCUGUUUGUUGAACCACCAAAGCAACACAAAAGUUUCAGCCUGAGAAAACGAAAAAAAGAUCAGGAAGACAGCGCAAGCACACAUUCUCUUAAUUUGGGGGAUGAUGAAGGUCCUAGCAAGCGGAAAAAGCGGCUAGGCAGAGUAGCUUCAUUGGCCAACAUUUUCACUUCUUCUGGAAAACCCCUGCAGAAUGCAAAGCAAGCCCUCAAAAAAUCAAUUAGUGGAAUGCUCCAUCCUUCUGCCAAAGAGUCUGCGCCUCCCCAAGAAAGCCAACAGUCACCUACUCCUUCCGUCAUUUCCAUUCCUUCUUCACCAGCAUUGUUAAGAACAAGGGGAAGCAUUGCUUCUCUAAGCAGACUAUCAGGUUCCUCCAAUCUCACACCUUACCGCCCACCAGCGUUGACACCUACCAAGCACAGAAUCAUUCACUUAUGGAGUGAAACCUGGGGCAAAACAACAGCAUUAUCACUAAACAAUCAAGAAUUAAAGAGACAAGAGACAAUGUAUGAACUAUGGCAUGGAGAGUGUGAUCUGAUUGAGGACAUAUCUAUGCUGCAACGCAACUAUCAUGAUUCACUCUUGCGACUGGGCCUCAUUACCGAAAGCGAAGCUGAACAAAUAUUUGGUGGGAUUCGUUCGCUGUUGCCAAUUCAUUCUGAACUUCGAGACGAACUGACCAAAGCAAAAGGACCAGAUGGCUCUAUUGAGUCUUUAGGAAAUAUACUCCUCAAAUGGGUCCCAAAACUAGAAAUCUAUGUGAUCCACUGUGCUAACCAAAUCCGAGCUAAAAGCGUUUUAGAUGAAAAAAGAUCGUCUGAUGCUCGCGUCGAGGAUUUCCUCACACGUUGUUUGGAGUCCCCCUUUUCACGUCGUCUCGAUGUGUGGAGUUACCUUGAUGUUCCAAGGUCACGUCUAGUGAAAUACCCUUUGCUGAUCAAACAGAUUCUCAAAUUCACACCUGAAAACCACGUUGAUCAUAAAGUGCUGGAACAAGUUCUUCGAAUACUUACAAACAUAUUAGACCGGGUUGACAAAUCAACAGGACUUGGACGUUGCAAACAUGUCAUUGGACAAAUUGAUUUGUCUGAUGAAAUGUGUUCUGUUUUAAGAAGAGCUACGACGCUCAUUUGCGAUGGACCCCUGAAAACAAGUCAAGGUUUGAAGUUGCAGUGUUUCCUUUUCGACAGUGGAUUAGUCCUGACGAGAGCGCUCUCUAACAAUCGGCUGAGUUUGUACAAGACGCCCUUUGAAGUAGGGCAGUUCAAAGUUGUCGAUUUGGGCACGAAAGUAGGCCGCAAUAAUUCGUUCCUGCCCGGCUCAUCAGGAAGUGGUCUUGGAACGAAGCACGUCUUUAAAGUGGAGACAUCGUCUGAAAGUGCCACAUUGGUAACGUUCAACGAGCAUAACAAGAAGCAAUGGAUGCUCGGUCUUCACAGAAUCGUUGAAGAAUGGCAGUCAUCUCACAUACACAACAAAGAGACCAGCGAUAUUGACAGUCCUCGUAAGGCUCCGAAAAUUAAGGCCAGCUUAAACAUCCGCGGAGCAAAUCGACGUAAUCUAUUGCCACGCGGAAAGUUACAGGUGGUGAGUGCACCACACCUUCCCAGUCAGCCUGCUGGAGGACAAGCAAUGCCUUCUCAACCCGUCCGUUUCCUCCGAUCCAAAGGUUCUAUCUGUCUCAAUCAAACCUUAAGCCCAGAAACACAUCGAAUUUGCACCCGUUCUUGCACCAGUUUGAGAAACUCAGCCCAAUCUUAAAUUUUUCUUUUUGCAUUUGCCUCCCAACAAUCUUUUUCAACAGCGGUGUAUCACAAGAAUCCGUUUUGUACACUUUCUCAUUUUCAAAUGAAAUGAAUACAUCUUUUGUCUGUCAGUCAAA